AUGGGCGCCGGUUCUGAAUCAAGCGAGCGGCCGGAACCUCUGGUUCCGUCCGUUCCUGAGAAAACCAAGCCAUCUUCUACUUCACCAUCCAAGACUCCACCAACAGCACCACCAGCCACUCCUUCGCCGGCCAAGGGCGUAGCUGCGCCGCCGUCGGCCUCUAUCAGCAAACCACCUCCAGCUCCUCGCGAAAGCUCCCAGAAGGGCGCUAUGGUAACCGCUGAGCAGCUCACUGCUGCAGUUACGGUUGCGGCGGCUCCCGCUUCUGGCUCGCAGGCCCAAUCCAUUGUCCUCCAUGUCGGGCGUGCUGCCGUCGCUGCCGGUGAGAAGGUUUCGGCACAGCUUGGCCGGGUGGUUGAGCUAAACCGCGGCACCGCCAACCUGGGCGCGCUGCAACACCUCAUGGACAAGUGGAACCUUGCCGAUAUUACCGAUGCUACUCUCGGCAUUGGCAAGGAUGGCAAGGGCGUGUUGGACUCCCGGAAACAGGUAUUCGAGGAGCUGCUAUGGGAGCACCAGAGCUUAAGUGAGGCCUUUGCUGCCCUCCAGCUUAGCCACAGCAACUGCCAAGCUGCGCUGCCGGAAGGUUCCGUGGAUGACCUCACCACCCAGGUCACAGCGCUCAAGGCUGCCAAGGAGGAGCUUGCCGCCCAGCACCAGCACGAGCUCAAGGUCCAGCGGGAGGAAACUGCCAAGCUGAAGGAUCAGCUGAUCCAGGCUGGGCUGGAGUAUGCCAAGGCGCUCAAUGAGGCCAUUAGUGCCGGCAACGCCCAGGUGGAGGAGGCCAAGAAGCAGUUCACUGAGGCUGAAGCGCAGCUGCGCCGAGAGUUGGAGGAUGAGCAGAAAUGGCAGCAGGAGCAAAAGGAGCAGAGCGAGGCGGUCGAGGCGUACUUGGCCGGUAUCGAGGCCAUGGUCAAAGAUACCGACGAGAAGGCGCUCAAGCUCUUCCCGGACUCCCAGAUGUGCGCUGAGGCCGCUGUUGCCAAGAUCCAGGUGGAAGAAGUGGUUGACACCAACCUCCCCUGGACCAGCAAGGAUCGCCUUGUUGCGGUGUUCUCCCGGAUUUUGCACAUGCGCGUUGUUGACCGGACUCUCGCCCAGCUGCCGGAAGCUGCCAUCGCUGCCUUCAAGAGCUUAUGGCCCGGCGAGACCGUUCCGGACAACACCAGCCUUGUUGCUGAGCGUCUCUAG